AGAAGACCUGAAAUGGGCAAAUCGCAUCUCGUCCCCCCGCAUUAAUCUAACCGGAUCACAAAUCAAACCAACCCACACCUCUCUCUGCCUGCCCAUUUCCUCCUCUCCCCCUCUUCCUCCCCUCGCCGUGGGCUCCACCCGUCAGCCUACCGCGUAGUAGAGACUAGAGAGAGAGCGACAAGGGAGGGAGGGGGGCUAGCAGCUACAGAGAGAGAGAGAAGGAAAGGGCGCCGGAGGAAGGAGAUGGGAGAGGAGAGGAAGGCAGGGGAGCAGGCGGCAGCGCGCGCGGCGGAGCAGGCGCGGGAGCUGCAGGACGCCGCCGCCGCGCUGCUCUCGCGGACGUGGGCGGAGGAGGAGGCGCUGCGCCGCCGCGCCGCCGCGCUCAGGGAGGACCUCGCCCGCCUGCGCAAGGCCGCCGCCAACGCACAAACCGAAAAGGUCCACGAGGACUUGGAUCGAGCGUCAUGCCUCAUAAGUGAUGGUGACAUUGCGACGAUUCUCCCUAACAAGGCGCAUGGCACUUUUUUGAAGCUGUUAUUGGGACCAGUGAAUCUCCGCGCAAGGAAGGAGGUACAGCUCAAGGUGAAGGAGGAAUACAAUAGCUACAGGGAUAGGACUGCCAUAGUGUUUCUUGGUUUUCCGAUGAUUCUGUUGUUUCUUCGGUCAUGGCUAUGGAAUGGAUGCUUUCCAGCAUUGCCAGUUCAGCUAUAUCAGGCCUGGCUGUUACUCCUCUAUACAACUUUAGCUUUGCGAGAGAACAUAUUGCGAGUUAAUGGAAGUGAUAUCCGUCCUUGGUGGGUAUGCCAUCACUAUUGUGCCAUGCUGAUGGCUCUGGUGAGCCUCACAUGGGGGAUUAAGGGACAACCUGAUUGUGCCCGCAAACAGAGAGGUGUCGAGUUAUUUCUGUGCUGGGCUGUGAUGCAAGGUUUUGCCAUGAUGUUGCAGAACAGAUAUCAACGUCAAAGACUAUAUACUCGAAUUGCUUUGGGGAAGGCUAAAAGGAUGGACGUCGUGUGGGGCGAGACUGCUGGUGUUGAAGGCCAACUAUUGCUGUUGUGUCCCAUCCUCUUUCUCUUGCAGGUCUUUGAGGGUUAUGUUGGAUUUUUACUUCUUCGGACAGCUCAUAAAGGGAUCAUUCCUGAGUGGCAGGUUGUGGUGUGUGGGAUCCUGCUUAUUGCAAUGGCAAUUGGCAACUUUGCAAACACAGUGGACACAUUGAUGGUUAAGUCCAGAUUCAAAGCAAAGAUGAAGAAGUCCAAGAGCAAACGAGAUCUUGCUGCAUGCACGUCACCGACUCGCUCAUCGCUGACAAAUUCGGCAGCUGGAGCUUGAAAUGGAGACGUUCUCAUCAUAUGAACAUUGCCCAUAUUCAAUCAGGGGCUGUCAAAAUUGUAAAGUAUUAGUUUUUUUGGCCACCAGCUCCUUGUGCUGACAGUCUCUGUCAAAGCUCAUACCCAUGUAAUCAUCAAACGACUCGGUUGCUGAUGGUGUCAGGUUGAGGGUAACUAAGAAUAAACUGUUCAUGUUUGUUUAUUUAUUUUUAUUAUGGACAUCGAGUGGGCUAGAUGAACUUAGGACUGUAAGGGGUAGUUAAUUUUUUUUCCUGGUAUAGGAUAGUUAUUUGCGAGACUUAGAUUGUCAAAAUCAAACAUGCAAAUUUGUAUACAAACUGUGACCCUGCCAAUUUCUUUCUCCCUGA